GUACGUCAAUAUCAGUUCCCUGUCCUUCAGUCCUGACGCCCAGUUCCUCUGUGCCUCCAGCAACACUGAGACCGUACACAUCUUCAAACUAGAACAGCACGGACCCAGUGGAGAGGAGGAGUGUCCUACCUGGGGAUCCUACGUAGGGAAGAUGUUCUCUGCAGCCAGCAGCUACCUCCCAGCCCAGGUGUCUGGUGUGAUGAGUCAGGAAAGAGCCUUCGCCACUGUACGCCUCCUAGUGGCCGGGCAGAGGAACGUCUGUACCCUCGCCACGAUCCAGAAGCUUCCUCGUCUGCUGGUGGCCUCCUCUGACGGACAGCUGUUCAUCUAUAACGUCGACCCUCAGGAUGGAGGAGAGUGCGUCCUGGCUCAGAAACACAGAUUGUUUGGUGAGGAUGAGGACAAGGAGGAAGGGGUGGAGUCAGAAGGGUCAGAGGUCACGGUGCCCGUCCAGGCAUGUCCAUCAUACGCCGCCACUGUUGCCAUACCAGCCACCGGUCCAGUCACUACCACGCUCACAGGUUACUCUGAGGAUGGUGGGGCUAAGAAGGGAGAGGUGAUCCCAGAACAUGAGUUUGCUGCUGGUCCCGUCUGUCUGGAUGAUGAGAACGAGUUUCCUCCAGUGAGCAACCAGCAACUCUGCUAGCCUGGUCCUAUACAGAAACAGUAGUCAUGCUAACUCUGCUAGCCUGGUCCUAUACAGAAACAGUAGUCAUGCUAACUCUCCUAGCCUGGUCCUAUACAGAAACAGUAGUCAUGCUAACUCUCCUAGCCUGGUCCUAUACAGAAACAGUAGUCAUGCUAACUCUCCUAGCCUGGUCCUAUACAGAAACAGUAGUCAUGCUAACUCUCCUAGCCUGGUCCUAUACAGAAACAGUAGUCAUGCUAACUCUCCUAGCCUGGUCCUAUACAGAAACAGUAGUCAUGCUAACU